AUGAAAUGUACAAACGUCAACGUAAGGACUGUGUUAGAAUGGAGCUUGAAAAAAAGAAUCAAAGAGGAAACAAAUUUAAGUGAUGAUGAGAUAAUGAUUAUAUACAAAAGGUUUAAUUCGAUUAGUAAUAAUGGUAAGAUGAACUAUAACAAAUUUGAAAAGAGUCUAGGUAUACUCGGUACAAUUAAAAAUGCAUAUUUGUACAAGUCCAUUUUUAAAGCUUUUGAUUUAAAUAAUGAUGAUUAUGUAGACUUCUACGAAUUCUGUGUUGCUAUUAACACAAUGCUUAAGGGAAGUAAACGUGAUAAACUAGAAAUGUCGUACAGGAUAGUCCACUCGGGUACGAAUCCCCUUUCAAAGGUUAGUAGUAAUAGCGCUUCUCCUAAAAGAGCUUCCUUGGGUAGUGAUGAUACACAGAUAGGAAGAACAGCAGUGAGUGGUACCACCACGCAGGUGGAUAACGCAGCUCAUAUGGAUAACGCAGCUCAUAUGGAUAACGCAGCUCAUAUGGAUAACGCAGCUUAUAGGGAUAACGCAGCUCAUAUGGAUAACGCAGCUUAUAGGGAUAACGCAGCUCAUAUGGAUAACGCAGCUUAUAGGGAUAACGCAGCUCAUAUGGAUAACGCAGCUUAUAGGGAUAACGUAGUUCAUAUGGAUGAAUCCCCUGACAAGGAAAGCGUAAAUAACAAUAUGAAGAGCGACGCGAUCCACCCUAAUUUUGAACAGAAGAAAGAAAGAGAAAAUCAAAAAAGCAAAAUAACAGCGAAAUCAAAAAAAAAGGAUUAUUCUCAUUAUAUCCCAUAUGAAGAUUUUGAAAAAAUUGUAAUCAGUAUAAAUGAUAUAAAAAAAGAGCUACUAGGAACAGAAGAGGAGAUACUAACAAGUCAAAUAAAAUAUACAUUCAAGUCAUUAAGUAUAUUAUGUGAGGAUGGGAAGUAUAGAAUGAAUUUGGAAUGUUACAAAAAAGCAAUGAAAUGCAACGAAUUUUUAAAAUUGUUAGGUAUACACACGAAAGUGGCUGAUUCGUUUAUACAGAAUGAAACAAUGAAAAGAAAAAAAAGUAAAACUGGAAAUAGUAAAACUGGAAAUAGUAAAACUGGAAAGACUAAAACUGGAAAGACUAAAACUGGAAAGACUAAAACUGGAAAUAGUAAAACUGGAAAUAGUAAAACUGGAAAGAGUAAAACUGGAAAGAGUAAGAUGGAUAUAGGAGGAAAAAUCAAUUCUAGUCAUCUGUUGAAGAUGGCUCUACCCGAAGAUACCACCUCUAGGGGUUCUCUUCUAAAAGGAUCAACAAAUUUAUUCAUUCGAAGGAAAAAAAGAGUGUCUGAUAAGAGGAAUGAUAGAGGAGGGAUACAACGAAAAAAUUCUGAUAAAUAUGAAGAGGAAAACAUAGGAAGGAAAUUGAAGGAGGACGAGAUAAAAGAAAAGGCUAUGGAAAAGACGAGGGAAAAAGGGGGAGGAAAGAUCGACUCCAAAAAAAAUAUAAACAACUUGCUCCCAGUGCAUAAUUCCUCCCUUUUCAAAAACCACAGAAGAAAAAUAUACAAUCAUGAUAUGAAUUUAUAUCAUGAACAAGCUUCUUUCAAGGGUGGGCAUUUUUCAAGUGAAGAAGCCCAUUCGAAAGACGAUAACAGUGAUAGUAUCUAUAAUGGUAAUGAUAGAUGUAAUAACAGUAGUAUAGCACGUCAACAUAGAUGGAGAAACAAAUCCGAUCGAGACAACAACAGAGAGGGGAAGAGUAUUCACAACAACCUUUUUGAAUGCAACCUAAUGAGUAAAGAUGGUGAUGAUAAUUAUACCGAUGACAAUGAUUAUUUAAUUGAAAAAAAAAAAAAAAAAAAAAAAAAAAAAAAAUUGAAAGAUGGUGAAGGAGUAGCUACAGAUAAGAAAUAUUAUUCGUAUAAUUUGCAAGAAGAGGAGUAUUUCACGACAAACAGUAAUAUACUUAGCAUGUGCCCCUUACUUCUGAAGGCGGAUAAAGGGAAGAGGAAUAACCAGUGUUAUCAUGUAAACGGAGCCAUAAGAAGAAGCAGCAGUAGUAGAAGCGAUAGAAGUGGUAGACUCCCAAAGAAGAGUAACUCUACGCACAACCUGAAGAGCCAUGGAAAGGAUAAGAAAAACAGUGUACAUUGUAGUAGAAAGAGUGAAGAAGGGGUAAAUGAGAACAACGCUGACUCCUCAGAUUGCACUGAGAAUUUUUUCGAGUAUCACUCGGACGUAGAAAUUAUAAGUUUUAGAAAAAAGUUAAAAGAGGAAGAAAAAAAAAAAAAAAAAAAAAAAAAGAACGUGGUCGCACCACCAUCAGUAGCAGCGGAAGAAGAAGCGGUGGAAUCGACACCUUAUUCAGCAUCUGUGUUCGGGUCAGAUACCUCCUCGGGGGGUAAAAGGCGGCGGAAGAGCACUGAGGUGUCUGAAAAGUUCGAGGGAGUAUCAUGCACAAAAAAGGAAGUAAAUCAAAAGCUUACCAAUCAGGCGGAUGAAGAACAAAGACGUAUCGAUAUCGAAGGGGGGAAGGAGUACAUUCACACGGAGGAGCAUAAAAGUGAACAGGAAAAUAUAUGCAAGUUUAUGGAUACGAAAUAUAGGUAUAGUGAAUCAUGUGAUAAUGUAAAACUAUUUGAAAAGGAUGAUAUAAUUGAUGAUAAAAAUGAUGAUUUAAAAAAUGAAUGGAAUAAUGAAAAAAAUGCUUUAAACGUAAAUAAAAUACCUGCACAAUAUGAGGUGCGUUCAGGUAUAAUGGCAUUUGAAAGAAAAAAUGAAAACAAAAAGUAUGUAGAAGAGUGCAAUGAAUAUAUAAUAAGAUAUAAAAAAUUUGCGCAACAAAGAGAAGAACAGUAUUUGCUCGAAAAGGAAGUGUACUCAGAUGGAAAAAAUGAUUUAUUAAAAGAAAAAGAAUUUUUAGAAAACAACCUUCACUAUGACGACGAUUUUAGCAAUAACGAAAGCAACUAUUACAGCGAGCACGACAAUGAGGAAAAUUAUUAUUUUUUUGGUCUCAGGGGUGGGCGUGUUACUAACGGGAUCGGUAAUAACAUCAAUGAUGGAGAUAAUAACAAUAGCAGUAACAGCCCCAGUGGUAACAACAAUCGUAAAAGUAGUGAUAAGCGGGGUAACCGUGGAUGGAACAGUGGAAGCAGCGCUUUAGAAAGCGCAAAAUAUCUGCGCAGGAAAUUUAUAGAGUACGAGGAUUUUAUAAAAUUGUCUGGGAAGUCCAUAUUACAUUGUAACGAUGCAGGGCCAUUUUGUAAUGAUGAAGAAAGCCGAAGGAAGGAAUGGGACUACAAUAGUAGUAAGAAUAUAAAUGGAACGAGAAUUAAGAGCGAUUAUAUAUAUGGAGGUAAAAGUGACUCUCCUUCAAAUGUACUAGAACUAAACGAUGAUGUAAUAAAAAAGAAAUUUUACAUUCCUUAUGUUAAGUCGCACUACGUUAUGGUAAAAAGAAAUUUGACGAAGGAUCAGGUGUAUUAUCUUAUUAGGAAUAUCUUUCUAGCAGCGGAGGACUACUUGAAGAAGGAGAAGAGCGGCGGUUAUCACAAUAAAAUUUUUUUUUUGUUCUUUUCAUUAUUUGCAUACAGCUCACAUGGUAAGGAAGAGGAACAGACGGAAGUAGUAGGACGUGGUAAGCAUACAGAACGAGGCGAACAUACAGAACGAGGCGAACAUACAGAACGAGGCGAACAUACAGAACGAGGUGAGCAUACAGAACGAGGUGAACAUACAGAACGAGGCGAACAUACAGAACGAGGCGAACAUACAGAACGAGGCGAACAUACAGAACGAGGCGAACAUACAGAACGAGGCGAACAUAUAGAACGAGGCGAACAUACAGAACGAGGAAAACAGAUGGGUCGAGGCAGAGAUGACAAUGUAGCGUGUGAUAGGGAAGGUAACUUCAAGUAUGAUCACAUCGAACACCAAGAUAACUACGAUCAUUACAACCAUCGAGAUAACUACUAUCACUACGACAUCGAAGCGGACCUGUUGAAGGAAGAACACAAAAUUAGUUCCAAAAAGAUGAAAAUGCAUAUCUACCAAAAUAUAUUGUUGGUCAUAUCUAUAAUAAGGUACUUCUUGCACACUAUAACAAUAUCACAGAAAUAUUCGUCGUCCUAUGAUUCCCUGGAUGACAAUUAUAUGAUAAGCAGUAUGCAUUCAUUAAAAUUAAACGAAGUGAGUGUCUUAUUAAAUCAAGCAAAUGAUAUGUUAGGAAAAUAUUCAAAGGGUUACUUUCAAAAUAAAAAAAUUUAUAUAAAUAAAUCCAAUUAUUAUAAUUUUUCAAAAAAAGGUAAACUCUCUGUUUCCUUACGUCAAAGUAGAGACAAUAGAAAUUUUAAUAAAAUACUGGCUGUAUAUUUUGGGCAUGAGAGAUGGGAUCUAGUUAUGAAUAUGAUGAUAGGUAUUCGAACAUCAGUUAUAAAAGAAUUUAAUAGUGAUAAUAUUUUAAAUUUGUUUAAACAUAAAGACAUCAUUCAGUUACCUACAACAAAUUCACAACAGAAAGUUAUUUUUAAAAAUUAUGCACCUAUUAUUUUUAAAAAUAUAAGAAAUUUUUAUGGUAUUAAAUCAAAAGAAUAUAUUACUUCCGUUGGACCUGAACAAGUAAUAAGUAAUAUGGUCUUGGGAAAUCUAUCGACCCUCAGUGAGUUGCUUUCCGAGGGGAAAAGCGGAUCGCUCUUUUACUUCACCAGCAAUGGGAAGUACAUAAUAAAAACGGUAUGCAAGAACAUACACAACUUGUCCCAGAAAUUACUGCCGCAAUAUUAUGAACAUGUCAGGAAAAACCCCGACUCUCUAUUAACUCGCUUGUACGGCAUACACUGUAUUAAGUACCUGAAGCGAUCUGGAAGGAGUAAAAAGAAAAUAUACUUCAUAGUGAUGAACAAUUUUUUUUCAUCAGCUGUUGAAAUACAUAGAAGAUAUGACAUCAAGGGAAGCCUAGUAGGACGAACAGUACCCCCAGCUAAGAGAGAAGAUCAUACUAUAGCACUAAAGGAUGUAGACAUAGACGAGUUGGGAGAUACAAUAAAUAUUGGAUUGGAAAAUAAGAAAAAAUUAUUAACAGUUUUAAAAGCAGAUGCAAAUUUUUUAAAGGAAAAUUCUUUACUAGAUUAUUCUCUACUAUUCGGUAUUCAUUACAAAGACUUAUCCCGGGAUAUAGUCAAUUGGAAUAAGAGCAGAACGAAUGAGAUCCAACAUGUUUACGACAAUGAAGGAAACUGUGUUGCAUCGAAGCCCUUCCAUCAGUGCGACCAUGGAGGUAUGAUCAACAUUGAUAAGAGCAAAAUUUUUUUUUUCGGAAUUAUUGAUAUCUUUACUAAGUGGAACUUAAAAAAAAAGUUCGAGCACACCCUAAGGACCAUACAAAAACUUGAUAGAAAAAACAUUUCAUGUGUACACCCGGAUACCUAUUCAAAACGAUUUGUUACCUUUAUUGAAAAUCAUAUGGAGUAG